AACCCUAGGCUAAGGGAGGACCUGUGAAGUUUGUCUGCUCCGGGACGCCGUAGCGGCUCUUUGCUCCGGCUUGCCGGGCUCGGGGCUCAGCCCAGGAGACCCCGAUGGCCGCGGUGUUUCUGGUGACGCUUUAUGAAUACUCGCCGCUUUUCUACAUCGCGGUGGUCUUCACCUGCUUCAUCGUGACCACCGGCCUGGUACUAGGAUGGUUUGGCUGGGAUGUUCCAGUUAUUCUGAGGAAUUCAGAAGAGACCCAGUUCAGCACAAGAGUUUUCAAAAAGCAGAUGAGACAAGUGAAGAAUCCGUUUGGCUUAGAGAUCUCCAAUCCAUCCACAGCCUCAAUAACAACCGGCAUAACCUUGACAACAGAUUGCCUUGAAGAUAGUCACCUGACCUGCUACUGGGGAUGCAGUGUCCAAAAACUAUAUGAAGCUCUACAGAAGCAUGUUUAUUGUUUCAGAAUAAGUACUCCCCAAGCAUUGGAUGAUGCUCUGUAUAGCGAAUAUCUCUACCAAGAACAGUAUUUUAUUAAAAAGGACAGUAAAGAGGAAAUAUAUUGCCAGUUACCAGGAGAUACUGAAAUUGAAGACUUUGGGACGGUGCCCAGAUCUCGUUAUCCAUUGGUAGCAUUGUUGACCUUAGCCGAUCAGGAUGACCGGGAAAUCUAUGACAUUAUUUCCAUGGUGUCAGUGAUUCAUAUUCCUGAUAAAGCUUACAAACUCUCCUGCAGAAUAUUGUAUCAAUAUUUACUCCUGGCUCAAGGUCAAUUUCAUGAUCUUAAGCAACUUUUUAUGUCUGCAAAUAAUAAUUCCACUGCCUCCACCAGUCCCUCUCCAGAAGAAACAAUCGCAGACCGGAGCUUGCUGGAAAAGGUGGGGCUGUCAGACAGCGAAGUGGAGCCCUCGGAGGAGACCAGCAGGGACUGCGUGGUUUGCCAGAACGGGAGCGUGAACUGGGUGCUCCUGCCCUGCCGGCACGCGUGCCUGUGCGACAGCUGCGUGCGCUUCUUCCAGCAGUGCCCCAUGUGCAGGCAGCCGGUACAGGAGUCCUUUGCACUUUGUAGUCAGAAAGAGCAAGAGAAGGACAAGCGGAAAACCCUUUGAGGACGUGACAACUGCAGGUACUCUCUCUUCCUAAGAUGCACAGAUCGGCACCCCUCGAAUUCAUUGGAACACGGAAGCCGCAGUAUUGACUAGCGAAGGAGAUUCUACUUCAUUGUUUGUACAGAGCAGGGGGAUGAGAAUUCCUUCUUGCUUCCUGUUCAGGGUGGUGAACGCCAGACGAGUAUCUUCUUCCCAAGAGUGUGAACACUGUUACCACCCAGAGUGCUUCAUGUCAUGUUGUGAACAGUCAUUCUGAACAGCCAUCCAUCUGAAAUGUGAGGAGGGCCAAGUCUCAAGACCACAUGUCUUCCUGUUUCAUUCAAUCUGGAGUGAAAUUAGGAAAAAUUUAAUUCUUCUUGAAGUCAUUCUGUAUGUCCUCUAGUUUUCAAAGGAGUUAGAAAGAGCUUUUUAUUUUUAAUUCUCUCCUGAAGUAUGUUUUAUAAACAUUCAUCCAUUGGGUUUCAAAUUUUCCUUAUAUUUACAUCAACAUGACUUAAUUUUUAAAGUAGAUUCUCAAAUCUUAAAUGCAGGAUACUAUUUGAGACUGUCAGUGUAUCACAGAUUAGAAUUGAUACUCAUAGGAGGCAGAUAUAUAAAACCUAGAUAAUAAAAUUUCUUGAAUAAUUCA